AUGCCGAGUAAACUGAGCUGAAGGGAUUUGAAUGCAAAAUGCAGAUCUCUUCUCAGACAUUCUCAUCUCCCAGGGGCGAGGGAUGAUUUCCUGCUGCCUUACCUGUACUUUGGCCCCUCAGUUGCAGUUGAAGUCAACAUUUCCAAUUCAGGAUGAGUUAAGCCACUCAGUAAUGGAGGACUCCAGGAAAGGUCUAUGGUGAUAACAACCCCACGGCCUCAUAAUUGGCAAAGGACAGUAGGUUCAAGGAUUCAUUAUUCUGUGAUAAUCUAAACUUUGGACUGGAAGCGCAGCUUCCAUGCUGACUUUGGGAGUAGAUGACCGCUCCUGCUGCAGAGUUCCCAGGACUGGACGUGGGGAAGCCCUUCCUGCACAUCAUCCCAGCCCAGGUGCACUGCUCCACCUCACGGCUGCUUCAUGACCACCAGGAGGUCUACCCUUGUUAACUCCAGGCACCUUGUCAUGGAGAAGUGACAGGUAGCCAUGGAAUUCAGCUCUAAGAAAGGCCUGAAAAGGCACCCAUCCAGGUUCAUCAUCCAAGUUGAAAAGGAGCGUCUUCACCUGCUCAUGAUUCGAGAAAAGUCACAUGAACUUUCCAUUGUUGAGACUCUUAGUCAGAAUCUGACCAUGAGUCCAUCUCCUCAUUAAUGGUCUUUGGAUGGCUCCUGGAGGAUCUUGAUUUUUCUCCUGAGGACAUCUUGUUUUCCUGGGACAGGUUCAUGCCAGACCGUCUCCCCAGUCGACCAUGAGCCAGCCAGACCCCACCUGUCACCCUGAUCCCAGCCCCGCACCCCUGUGUGUGGUGUGUGGCCAAGCCCACUCCCCUGAGGAAAACCACUUCUACGCCUACACAGAAGAUGUGGACGAUGACCUCAUAUGCCACAUCUGCCUACAAGCUCUGCUGGACCCUCUGGACACUCCGUGUGGACACACCUACUGCACCCUGUGCCUCACCAACUUCCUGGUGGAGAAGGACUUCUGCCCCGUGGACCGCAAGCUUGUGGUGCUGCAGCAUUGCAAGAAGUCCAGCAUCCUGGUCAACAAGCUCCUCAACAAGCUGAUGGUGACCUGCCCGUUCUCGGAGUACUGCGCCGAGGUGGUGCAGCGCUGUGACCUGGAGCAGCACUUUCAAACAAGCUGUAAAGGUGCUUCCCACUACGGCCUGACCAAAGACAAGAAGAGGCGCUCUCAAGAUGGCUGCCCCGAUGGCUGCGUGAGCCUCACGGCAACAGCUCUCUCCCCAGAGGUCUCUGCCGCUGCCACCGUCUCCUUGGUGACAAAUGAGCCUGGCCUAGACAACCCUGCCUACGUGUCCACCGUGGAGGAUGGUCAGCCAGCAGACAGCCCAUUGGACUCUGGCCGGAGCAACCGAACUAGGGCACGGCCCUUUGAGCGAUCCACGAUCAGAAGCAGAUCUUUUAAAAAAAUCAACCGAGCUCUGAGUGUUCUUCGAAGGACAAAGAGUGGAAGUGCAGUUGCCAACCAAGCUGACCAGGGCAGGGAAAAUUCUGAAGACACCACUGCCCCCGAAGUCUUUCCAAGGUUGUAUCACCUGAUUCCAGAUGGUGAAAUUACAAGCGUCAAGAUCAAUCGAGUGGAUCCCAAUGAAAGCCUCUCCAUUAGGCUCGUGGGAGGCAGCGAAACCCCACUGGUCCACAUCAUCAUCCAGCACAUUUACCGCGACGGGGUGAUUGCCAGGGACGGCCGGCUGCUGCCAGGAGACAUCAUCCUGAAGGUCAACGGGAUGGACAUCAGCAACGUACCUCACAACUAUGCCCUGCACCUCCUGCGGCAGCCGUGCCAGGUGCUGCGGCUCACAGUGCUGCGUGAGCAGAAGUUCCAGAGCCGGAGCAGCGGACAGGCCCUGGAUGCCUACGGGCCCCGCAGUGACACCUUUCAUGUGAUUCUCAACAAGAGCAGCCCCGAGGAGCAGCUGGGAAUAAAACUGGUGCGCAGGGUGGAUGAGCCCGGGGUGUACAUCUUCAACGUGUUGGACGGCGGUGUGGCGGACAGACACGGUCAGCUGGAGGAGAACGACCGUGUGUUGGCCAUCAACGGACACGACCUUCGGUAUGGCAGCCCAGAAAGUGCGGCUCACCUGAUUCAGGCCAGUGAAAGGCGUGUUCACCUCGUCGUGUCCCGCCAGGUGCGUCUGCAGAGUCCUGACAUCUUUCAGGAAGCUGGCUGGAACAGCGACGGCAGCCAAUCCCCAGGGCCGGGGGACAGGAGCAGCACUCCCAAGCCCCUCCAUCCUGUGGCCACUUGCCGUGAGAAGGUGGUAAGUGUCCGAAAAGACCCCAGCGAGUCUCUCGGCAUGACCGUUGCCGGUGGAGCAUCACAUCGGGAGUGGGAUUUGCCCAUCUACGUCAUCAGCGUGGAGCCCGGGGGAGUCAUCAGCAGAGAUGGAAGAAUAAAAACAGGUGACAUUUUGUUAAAUGUGAACGGGAUUGAACUAACAGAGGUCAACCGGAGCGAGGCAGUGGCAUUAUUGAAAAGCACAUCCUCCCUGGUGGUUCUGAAAGCUUUGGAAGUCGAAGAACACGAGCCUCAGGAAGCCUGCAGCAGCCCAGCAGCCCUGGACUCCAACCACAACAUGGCCCCAGCCAGAGACUGGUCCCCCUCCUGGAUCAUGUGGCUGGAAUUACCACGGUACCUGUAUAACUGUAAAGAUGUUAUAUUACGAAGAAACACAGCUGGAAGUCUGGGCUUCUGCAUUGUAGGAGGUUAUGAAGAAUAUAAUGGGAAUAAACCUUUUUUUAUUAAAUCCAUUGUCGAAGGAACACCAGCAUACAAUGAUGGAAGAAUUAGAUGCGGAGAUAUUCUUCUGGCUGUCAAUGGUAGAAGUACAUCAGGAAUGAUACAUGCUUGCUUGGCAAGGAUGCUGAAAGAACUUAAAGGAAAGAUUACUCUUACUAUUGUUUCUUGGCCUGGCACUUUUUUAUAGAAUCAGUGAUGGGUCAUAGGAAAACAGAAAACUACAGAUAAGCUAAGUUGAAACAAUGUAUUUAUCUUGUCAAUUUUUAUAUUUAAAGGGUACACUGUAAAAAUGUAAACUCUUGUCAGGAAAAGUAUGAUCCAAUGAAAGCCAAUUACACCUCAGAAAAUGUAAUACUCAAAACAUAAAUCUGAAUAGCUUUUAUUCAGUGUGGAAGAUUUCUCAUUACUCCACAACUUUAAGUUUAUAUUUUUCUAUUCAUUAAAAAGAUCUUAAAAGGCUGAGAUCAUUUGUAUCCCCCCACUGGAUUCAAAUCCUACAAUUAAAAAUUUGGUAUAUGCUGAGGUCUGUAAAGGGUAUAUUAUGGGCAUUUAGAAAAACAAUUUACAGCCAGAGGAUUUUAAAAGUGCACUGUUGAAAAUGUUCAUCAAAUGAGAAAUAAAUAUUUUUCAAAUUAUGGUUGUCUUUUAGUAUACGACAUUAAAUUCAUUUCAAUUAUCGCUA